AUGUCGAAACUACAAUGCAUGGCUGACUCAAUCUCGUCCACGCUGCCAGUUUUUUAUUACAAAUCGAAGUUUUAUCCCAUUGCAGCAGCAGAUGUGAGCACAUUCGAGAAGUAUGUGAAAAGCUGGGAUGGUUUCGUAGAUGAAAUCGAGAAGAAGCUGAACGAAAAAAUUGGACCUUGCUCUACAAAUGUUGAAGAAGGCGGGUCCUACAUCAAACUGAUUGGAAUCCCAUUCCGUAAGCUGUACGAUGAACAAGAAGCGUUGAAGGAGCUGAAAGCACAACGGCGAUCAGCAGAGCAGUUGGUUGGGUGGAAUGCGCUACUGCGGAUGGUAGAGAAAUUUCUGGCUGAUGAAAUACAGCAUUCGCCAGAUGAGCGGAGACCAUCAGAGUCAACCACUGAUCAGACGUCAUUCAUUACUCAUAAGGGUGGAGCAAUAUUGGUCAAUCGAUCUGGUACUGUUUUCUAUAAGUACAUUGAGGAUGAAGGUACACAAUGGCCGAGCGUUGAAGAGAUAGUAGAAGAAGUUAAAAAGGUUGAAUCUCUCAACCCAUCAAAAUCUUCCAUGACUAAUAAAGCAAAAGUGGAUUCUGAAUUAUCAGCAAAUAACACAGAGGAAAAGAAGAAAUCAUGUUGCACAAUAUUAUAGUA